CCUAUAAGAUGGAGUUCCGCUAUUCGAAAGAAGUUGACUCCAGCUGCUACGAAACCCGCGGGCUCGGAGGCGGUAUCCCGCUUCGCACGCACGAGAACUCUCUCGCAGAGGUCAAGGGCACUCUUCAGGCUCAGCGGGACUGGAGCCGCUACGUCCGCCCCGUGGGAGAAUACAGGGGUGGCCUUGGUGGCCGCUACAGCAUGAUCUGCGUCACGAUUCCCGAGUGCCUGCCCGACAGGCUUGAGGUAGUUUCCUACGCGAACGAGUUUGCGCUUCUCUACGACGACGAGAUGGAAAAGCUCGAUCUCCAGAGCCCGCCGUCGUCUCGGGAGAUACUAGAGGUGUUCGGAGACGACGCCCUGGAGAAUCAGGUCGAUGCGGACGCGCGGCCCGAGAAGCGGCUGCAGGCCCGGCUCUUUUCCAGGAUGCUCGCCAUCGAUUCGGCACGGGCGGCGGUGGCGAUGAAGGCGUGGGCCGCGUCUGUCCAGCUCGCGGCCCGGACUCGGCUGACGACGUUUGCGACGCUAGACGAGUACAUUCCCGCCCGAGUCGUCGACGUCGGAGAACUGAUCUGGUUCGGGAUGGUGACGUUCGGCAUGGCCCUCAGCAUUCCGCCGGAAGAGCACGACCUGUGCAUGGAACUGGCCCGCCCCGCCUACAUCGCGCUCGGGCUUACGAACGAUCUGUUUUCGUGGGAGAAGGAGCGAGAGGCGGCUAGGAGAGGCGGCCAAGACCGUGUUUUCAACGCGAUCUGGGUGCUGAUGAACGAGAGAGGCGUGAGCGAAGAGGGAGCCAGGACGAUCUGCUCGGAGGAAAUACAGAAGCAGGUCACCAAGUACUGCGUUGUCGUCGAAGAGACCAAGGCCAACCUCAGGCUUUCCCGGGAUUUACGGACAUACAUUGAGGCCUUGCUGUAUAGCAUCAGCGGCAAUCUGGUAUGGAGUAUUCACAACCCUCGGUACGGCAGCAUCUGAGCCGCCGUCUCUAGAGACGGCACCCCAGAGGGGUCGAGAGGUGGCUCCGGCAGGAUUGGCGGGUGGUGACGAACGUUACCAGCAACGCGGCUAGCCUAGACGAGGUCAUUCUUGACGAUAGUAUUGCUCGGCCCCCCGAUAGUAGCUCUCCAGCCGCCCUUUUUGGCCCGCGAUGGUGUAAU